AUGGCAGAGGUUGAGAAUGUUCUGGCUGUGGCUAUAUGCCUGGUUCAACAGGCAAUACUGAAUGAAUUGAUGGAGGAACAGGCAGCAGGGAUUGCUACACCCCGCAUUCGGCAACCCCGGUUGUUAAUGCCACGUGCCCUAAUAGAAGGGAUGAGGGACAGUGAUGUGCGGACCAGAUUCCGCCUUUCCAGAGGAGCCAUUUACUACCUUUAUGGGCUGCUAGAAGACAAACUACAGCCAACAACGGCAAGAAGCCAGGCAGUUCCUGGCAUGGUCAAACUACUAGCCACCCUCUAUAUUUUGGGCCAUGGCAGCUUCCAAACAACCUCUGGCCUUAUCUUGGGAAUCAGCCAACCCACGGUGUCCAGGGUGUUUAUGCAGGUCAUUAAUGCCAUUCUUGACCUUGUGCCCCAAUUUAUACACUGGCCACAAACUGAAGAUGAGUGGACUGAUGUGAUGGUGGCUUUCUACCAGCGUGGAGGAUUUCCACAGAUCCUGGGGGCCAUUGAUUGUACCCAUGUUGCUAUCAGGCCCCCCAGGAGAUGUGAAGUGGACUUCAGGAACCGUAAGCAGUACCACUCUCUGAAUGUCCAGGUAGUAUGUGACGCCAGACAGCGGAUAAUGAGUGCGCGGACAGGUUUUCCAGGGUCAUGUCAUGAUGCUUUUAUGCUACGCCAGUCUGCCCUAUAUCAAAAAUUUAAGAGUAGCCAAAUGCCCUCAGGAUGGCUCAUUGGGGAUGCUGGUUACCCCCAACUGGCGUGGCUGAUGGCUCCAGUCAGGUACCCCCAGAGCCAGGCAGAGCACAUAUACAAUAGGGCCCACAAAAAAAGCAGGGCUAUUGUGGAGUCCACAUUUGGGCUCCUGAAAAGCCGCUUCAUGUGCCUGGCUAAGCCUGGGGGGGAACUCCUGUACUCUCCUUGGAAGUGUGCCAGGAUCAUUCUUGCCUGUUGUGUCCUCCAUAACAUAUGUUUGGCAAGGAAUGAAUCCUGGGACACUUCUGAGGAGAGGGAGCCUGAGGUCCAUCAGCCAGCAGUCGCCAGAAGGGAGAACACUCAGGCAGGAUUGGUUACUCGGGCUAAGCUGAUCAGGCGAUACUUUACAACUGAAUAA